CCGCGCGCUGUCCCCGCACGGAGAGGGAGCCGCGGCGGGCCGGGCCGGGCCGGUGCGGGGCCGGUCCCGCCAUGGAGGAGCCGGGCUGCGGGGCGCAGUUCCGCGCCGCCGUGCAGGUGAUCCAGGGGCUGCCGCGGAGCGGUGCGUACCGGCCCUCCUACGAGGAGAUGCUGCGCUUCUACAGCUACUACAAGCAGGCGACGGCGGGGCGCUGCCAGGGCCCGCGGCCCGGCUUCUGGGACCCCAUCGGCCGCUACAAGUGGGACGCCUGGCACAGCCUGGGCGGGAUGUCCAAGGAGGAGGCGAUGGCCGCGUACGUGGCGGAGAUGAAGAAGGUGGCCCAGAAGGUCAUCGACACCGUGCCCAUGGACGAGAGCACGGAGGAGAUGUUCCGCUACUUCGAGCCGCUCUACGAGGUGAUCCACGACAUGCCGCGGCCCCCCGAGUCCUUCUUCAGGAGGAAAGGGGAGAGCCAGGGGCAGCAGGAUGGCCCCAGCCAGGAUGGCACAGCGAGCAGCCCAGCUCCAGAGAGCCCCAGAGACCCCGGGCCCGGCCAGCAGCAGCACGGGCAGCACGUGCCAGGAGCUGGGCUGGCUCCUGCCCCCGAGGGGAGCCAGGUGACGAGUGACUCUGAGGGGGACACGUUCAGUGACACCCUGGAGCAGAUGGAGCCGGAGAAGGCCGGGCAGGUGCAGGGGCUCACUCCAAAGGGGGCCCAGGCUGGGGCUGAGCCCCCAGAGCCCCAGAGUGCUGGGCAGGGCGAGCGGGGCGAAGGCAGAAGAGCCGAGGGGAGCAGCAGCAGCACAGACCUGCCAGCCCUGGGCUCCGACACAGGUGUGCGGCCGGCCGGGGGGGACCCCGCGAGCGGCCCCGAGCCGGCCCCGGGGCUGGCGGAGCUGGAGGCGCACGUGGGCAGCGCGGUGCGGGCGCUGCAGGAGGAGCUGCGGCGGGUGCGGGAGCGGCUGAGCCGGCUGGAGACGCUCGGCAUUUUCCAGGGGGAGGCAGCUGGGACAGAGCUCGGCCCGGCACUUGCUCCACAGGCCGUGUCCCCGUGGCGCCUGACCGUGUCCCCGCGCACGCUGCUCUUCCUGGCCACCUGGCCCUUCGUCACCCAGUGGCUGCUGCGCCACUGGCAGGGCAGGAAGAGGUGACCAGCACCGCGUCCCCGCCGCCACCGCCACCCUCCUCGCCCAUCCCGCUUCGCACGGAGCCACGCGGGAAUCGCCUCACCAGCCACGGGCUCUGCGGGCCGGGCCCGCCGGGACACCGGCACCGACGCUCAGGGCCGGCACCGGCCCCGGGGCCGCCGCCACGCACAGCCGGAGCAGCAGCAGGACCAGCCGCGGCCCGCGGGGACAGCCCCGGGCCCGUCCCGGCCUCCGGGGGCUGGGACAUCACCGAACCUGCCUCAAUUAAAGUCGCCUUUUCGGUUCA